AGUUCCCUUGCCCUAGGGGUAAUUAGUGUCCUUGGAGUUAAAUAAGCUAAUACUUAGACACCUCUGGCACAAGCAAUUAUGUUUGUGUAUUGAAUAAUUGAUUCAAAGAGGGGGGAAGGGCUGCUAAUCAGAUCUGAGCAUAAUGAAUUGAUUUAAUUAACAGGGGAAUCUGAGGGUCUCUGGGAACUGCGCGCACUUAUUCCGUAGCAGGAGCGGGCGCAGCACAUAAAUUGGAGAGAAAGGCAGUGUGAGUAUGCUUUUAGCAGUUGUCAGGUCUGGAAUUGGAUUUCUUGAAUAUAGUUACAGUUUCGGAGCAAAUGAGAACGGGGAGAGAAUUUCACAGCGCGGAGGGCUCUGUCGUCUAGUCUAAGCGUUUGAUACGAGUACAGUUAGAUUCAGGAGAUUUUACUGCUUUCCAUUCUUUGUUUGCGUAUGGAAUUUACGAAGACCAACCAACAUUGUUUUACGGGUGUAAAUUGCAGUUUAGUCCGGAGAGGCAAUUUUCUGUGUUUAGUAAGAGUAAACUGAGCGCGGACACUUUCUUUCACGAUACAUUAUAUUAUCAAUUGCCUAGAAUAACAUUCAAACCCGCGUUCAUGUUACAAAGGUUUCCGUUACUAACGCAGAUACAAGCCAAGCGUUCGUGAAUUUUCAGCUUGCUGAACACAUAAGGACGAUUCGGUCGCUGUUUCAAAGCUCAUUUCUAAGAGAAGCCUUGCGCACACCGACUAGUGAAGCCUGCUGGAGCCGAGAACGGAUCGUCUGGAGCCGGACUCCUCGUUCCUCAGGACGAUGGUGUUGGACAAGGAAGAGAGUGUGCCGAUGCUCUCCGUCCAGCCCAAAGGGAAACAGAAGGGGUGCGCUGGCUGCAAUCGCAAGAUUAAAGACCGCUACCUGCUCAAGGCCCUGGACAAAUACUGGCACGAGGACUGUCUGAAAUGUGCCUGCUGCGACUGUCGCCUGGGGGAGGUGGGCUCCACCCUCUACACGAAAGCCAACCUCAUCCUCUGUCGCAGGGACUACCUGAGGCUCUUUGGUACAACAGGGAACUGCGCUGCCUGCAGUAAACUGAUCCCAGCCUUUGAAAUGGUGAUGAGAGCCAGAGAUAAUGUUUACCAUUUGGACUGUUUUGCCUGUCAGCUUUGUAACCAGAGGUUUUGUGUGGGGGACAAGUUUUUCCUUAAGAACAACAUGAUUCUGUGUCAGAUGGACUAUGAGGAGGGCCAGCUGAACGGCAGCUUUGAGACGCAGGUUCAAUAGCCGGGCCCAGUGGCAGCGACCAGGAACCCUCGGCCCGCCGCACUUACACAUGAUGCCAUGGAUGUUCUGCUGCACUUGGAAAGAGGAGCGUCUGUCUGCUUGCCUGCAGUACUUUUUAAAUAGCCCUUUAUCAGUCCAUAAGGACUCUAUUGUAAAUGUACUACUUUUUGCCCCUCCCCUUCCCAUCCUUGCCCCUCCCCUUCCCACCCCAACACUGAGCAGUUACAAGUUUUGAUGUACAGUUGUGCCUGCUUAGCUGAGCACUGUAUUGCUUGUAUGUUUUUGUGACGUUUGUUUUGGGUUUGUUUAUUCUUUUCCCCUUUCGGGAACGUUUCCUUGGAGGGUAUGUACAGUCUGUUUUCUCUGUAUAUAUAAACUGGAACAUUUAUUUUAUGAAAUGUAAUGCAAUUUUAUUACUAGUGUGAAUUAAAGAUUCUUAAAUGUUCAUAGUGAGUUUUUUUGUCCGUAUACCAAAACCAAAGUUGUUUGAGGAGGCUGGCCCAUGUGUUGAUAUAUCAUCAUCUCAAACCACAGAGCU